AUGGUCGGGAAGCGCAACACUGUCCCAUUUUUGCGCCGCAUCGAGAUUGCAAAGCGGGCCGUCAAAAAUUACUAUUUCGGCGAAAAGUACACGCCGAGCGCCGCCGACACCGACGAUUUAACGUACGUCUUUGGCGACGACACGCGGCAGCUCGAGACGCUGCUGCCCGAAGACGUCGCCACGAUCCUCAGCGUCGCCACCCUCAGCGGGAGCUACCACAGCGAGAAAAAGACGGCGAUCGACGCGGCCAAGCGGCUGCGGCACCGCCUCGACCUGCUGCAAUCAGAGCGCGACAUGAGUGUGACGCUUGGGCUCGGGCCCAAGCCGUUUUGCGCCAUCACCGACGCCGAGACGAUCCGGCUUCGCAGCUUCCUCGACUCGGACUGGGCCAAAGUUGGCUCGAUCGCCAAUGUGGUCUUUAGCGAGGAAGAGGCGGAGAAGCGACGGCAGCGCUUGCACCACAAGCUCGAGACCACCGGUGUCACCAGCCGCUGCAAGUGCUGCCGGUACGAAAAGCACGCCCCGCGCCAUGCAGCGCGGAAGACGUGCCGGAACAUGACAACGUCAGGCGACCGCUUCUGGGAGGACGACGACCUCAAGGUUGACGACGACGUUGCGGCCGAAUUUGCACACGACAGUUGUGCUGGUGACGAGGAAAAAGGUGUCGAUAACAACGCUAUCCAUGACGACCAGAUAUAA